AAGCAACCUUUUGAACACUUAUCCUCCUCAGCUCUCUCUUUAUCUUUUUAUCUUUUUUUGCUCUUCGCCUCUUUAGAUAAACCAGCCUCCAUUGAGCCACUACACCCUGCUCCUUAUUAAAUAUUUUAGCAACAUUAUUAUUAUUGUAAAAAUUAUUUUGUAUUUUAUGUUUAUUGAAUUUUAUUUCUAGGGUCACUUUAACCCAGGUUAAACUCUUAAAUUAAAUUACAAAAUGUAACAAAAAAAAAUAUGUAUUACUCCAUCAGCACUUUAUUGCAAAUUUGGAAAUUUGAUUCACAACUUCAAUUGUUUUGGUUUCAGAUUUAAAGUUGGAGCAUUUUGUGUGAAGCAAGGAGACCUACCUUUCAACUCUGCUUUUUUAAAACAUUCCCUAUAUUAUAUCUUCAUCUUCAUCUCAAGUGGUAAGCUUCAACUUUUUCGUCACCAUCUUUCAUUUCUUUUUGUGGUUCCCGUGAACUGUAUAUUGUCUACCAUUUUGCUUAAGCUUAGCAGAAUUGUUGUUUCAAUUCAGAUUCACGACAAUGGCGGGAGAGUUCUUCUCGGGUGCUGCUUCUAAUGCCAUAGGAACACUGAUGGUUGACUAUUUGGUGAAGCCAAUAGAACGUCGUCUUCGCUACUUAUUUCGUUUCCAUAAGUUAAUUGAUGACCUCCACCAACAGCAAAACAAUCUGAAUAGAGAACAAACUCGAGUUGAAGAAGACGUUAAGGAGGCAAAAUUGCAGAUUCAAACUCAAGUAAUUGAGGACUAUAUAGGUGAAUGGUUGACAAAUGUAGAAAACGCCUUGAAAGAUGUACAGAAUUUGGACAGCAGAGUUGAAGAAAAUAAGAGAUGCUUCAGUUUGUGUCCUAAUUGGUGUUGGCGAUAUCAAUUAGGCAAGGAGAUUGAGAAGAAGAUAGUGUAUAUCAGCAAACUUGUAGAGGACUCCCAUUUUAAAAGAAUCGGCCAUCGUGCGGAGCUUCCUGGUUUAGAAUUCUUCACAUCUAAAGAUAUUUUGGCUUCCAAAUCUUCAACUAAUGCAUUCAACAAGAUCAGGGAAGCAUUAGAGGAUGACAAAGUUAACAUGAUCGGAGUGUGGGGGAUGGGAGGGGUGGGCAAAACCACCUUAGUCAAAGAAGUCGGUAAAAAAACCAAAGAAUCAGGAUGUUUUCGUAAAGUUAUUGAAGUUGUUGUGUCCCAAAAUUCAAUCAUUGAAAAUAUUCAAGAUAAAAUAGCAGAUUUCUUGGACUCACAGUUCGAGAAAAAAACUAAAGAAGGGAGAGCAGGGGAAUUAUGGCUUCAAUUGGAAAAAGAAGAAAAGGUCCUCAUAAUCCUUGAUGAUAUGUGGAAUGAGGUCCACUUGAAAGAGAUAGGCAUUCCGCUAAAUGAAAAUGGGAAGGGAUGUAAAAUCAUUUUGACAACACGUCGCAAGACAGUAUGCGAAUCCAUGGAAUGUCAAGUUAUUAUUCCGAUGGAUGUUUUGGAAAGUGAUGAAGCAUGGGCUCUAUUUAGAAUGAAAGCUAAGCUUAAUGAAAGAGUUCCAAGGGAUAUUCUUCAGGAGGCUCAGAAAGUUGCAAAAGAAUGCAAGGGUCUACCGGUAGCGAUUGUAACGCUAGCAGCGGCUCUAAAAAGUACAAAGACAAGUAAAGGAUGGGAAGUGGCCGGCAAGAAACUUGAACGCAGUAAAUUAGUGGAAAUCGGUAACAUUGGAGAAGAAGAAAAAAAUGCCUACUUGUGUAUCAAGAUGAGUUAUGAAUACUUGAAGAAGGAGACGAACAAGAAAUGCUUCUUUUUGUGUGGUUUAUAUCCAGAGGAUCAUUCAAUUAAAGUGGAAGAUUUGGUGCGAUAUGCUUGGGGUUUGGAGUUAUUUGGCAAGGCUGACUUAAUUGGAGAAGUGAGGAUUCAAGUUUUGGAAGCCAUUGAUUACCUCAAAGAUUCUUGCUUGCUGUUAGAAGAUGAAGUUGAAGAUGAAGAUGGAGAUGGUGGAAGGUACGUUAAGUUACAUGACAUAGUUCGUGAUGUUACUCUAUGGAUUGCAUCAGAAGAAAAAAGUGAUUUUAUGAUCAAAUCUAGAUUGGAGUUACUAAAUAAAAGCUCUGAAUCUUGUGAAGGAAUCUCAUUGUUGGACAGUGAAGAGAAAAAUUUUCCUGAUAGAUUGAUUCUUUCGAAGCUUGAGAUCCUAUUGCUUAAGAAUUGUAAUGUAUAAGGUACAUGUUUUCUAGGAAUGAGAGAACUGAAAGUUUUAAGUCUUACAGUUGCAUAUGAUUAUACGGGGGUUAUUUCCUUAUAUGCUCUUUCGUCCUUGAAAAAACUUCGUGCUCUACAUUUGGAGAAUUUUGAGGACUUUUCGUUCCUUGGAAACUUAA